AUGGACACCGGUGGGCGGUGGUUGACGGUGGUUGUGGAGGUCAUGGAGGAGGUUGUUGCGGUAGAUAAGGAGUUGGAGGUGGCCAACGAUGGUAUUGUUGGUUGCAAUAGAUGGUGGCGGUCGGUGGCCGAUGGUGGUUGUAGAGCUCAACUAACACCUCUAAUAAAAACCCAACUCCACCCUUUGCCUCCUCUACUAUUUUCUCCUAACAUCAAAAUAUUAAUCUUGCCAUUUUGGUUUCUCGAUAUGGAGAUUCAACUUCUGUUUGCUCUUUUCUUAGUCUGCAACUUGAUUUAUGGGAUUCACUCGUCGGUUUUCACAAUAAAAAAUAACUGUCCUUAUGGCAUUGCACCAGCAACUUUAACUGGCAGCGGAGACUCAGUACCAACAGGAUUCGAACUGGCACCUCAAGCCUCAAACACCAUUAACAUGCCGGUGCCAUGGUCAGGACGAGUCUGGGCCCGAUUCAGCUGUUCCAACGAUGACGGAAAGUUCCAUUGUGAGAGUGGAGAUUGUGGUUCUGGUCAAGUAGGAUGCAAUGGUGCAGGUGCAGCCCCACCUGCAACCCUUGUGGAGUUUACUUUGUCACCUGCAGGUCAAAUGGAUUUCUACGACGUUAGCCUUGUUGAUGGGUUUAAUUUACCGGUUUCUGUGGUUUCGCAAGACGGUGUUGGUUGUCCAACCACAGAUUGUCCGGUUGACAUUAAUGCUCAGUGCAUGCCUGAGCUUGCUGUCAAGGAUGCAUCUGGUGGAACAAUCGGUUGUAAAAGUGCAUGUGUCGCGUUUAACAAACCGGAAUAUUGUUGCGCCGGCGAUCACAGUUCACCGGACACAUGCCCGCCCACGAACUAUUCGCAAUUUUUCAAGAAUCUUUGCCCCAAGGCUUAUAGCUUUGCUUAUGACGACAAAACAAGCACUUUUACAUGUAACAGUGGGGCUAAUUAUCUGAUUACAUUUUGCCCAUGA